ACUCAACUGAUAUUAACCCUUUAACGCGUACGAUCACACCGGUGUGAUCAGUCUUGGCUGGUCCCUGGAGCGUACGAUCACACCAGUGUGAUCAGUCUUGGCUGGUCCCUGGAGCGUACGAUCACACCGGUGUGAUCAGUCUUGGCUGGUCCCUGGAGCGUACGAUCACACCAGUGUGAUCAGUCUUGGCUGGUCCCUGGAGCGUACGAUCACACCAGUGUGAUCAGUCUUGGCUGGUCCCUGGAGCGUACGAUCACACCGGUGUGAUUAGAACUUUCAGUGAGUCACGUCAUCAACUGCUGAAAUUCAAAUCUGCUUUCUGGCGCGGAGCCAGAUCAGACGCGCGAGCGCUUGUAAUAUUAUCACUUAUUCAGUGUUUUCAACCAUAUAAUGCUUAUUUAAGAUUCCAGACAUUUAAAUACACAUAAGUACUAGCAAAGCCAUACAUUUAUAGUUUGUAAAAUAUGCGCUGAUGUCUAUGGAAGCAGCAAUAAUGAUCCUUACAAAUAUAAUCUGACGACAUGUUUUAUUGAUAUCAUAUACACAUAGUGUAGGUAACAAUAAAGUUUACUCUGCUCUUCUCCCAGUUUACUGGAGACUUAUUUUAACGUGUUUCGGGAGGAGAGGAUGAAUUUAUGUGUUGUAAAUCCCACAGCUGGAUUCAGCGCGAGCAAACAUGGCGGCGCCCAUCACCCGCUUUUGAUUAACUAUCAUAAAUGGAGACAAGAAUGUCCAGAAAUAACAGCCGACUUGAGGCCAUCAUCUGUCAUUGGACUUCUGCAAAACAAUUACCAUGGAGUUUUGAGAUCACGAGAUGAUGCUGGAAGUCGCGUUCUAAUCUAUCGGAUUGGUCAGUGGAACCCCAAAGAAUUCACAGCUUAUGAGGUUUUCCGUGUGAGCCUCAUUACAUCAGAGUUGAUUGUUCAAGAAUGGGAGACUCAAAGAAAUGGACUCAAAGCAAUUUUUGAUCUCCAAGACUGGUGCUUCACACAUGCACUGCAGACAAAUCCUUCCUUGGCAAAAAAGAUAUCUUCUGUGCUUACAGACUCAUUUCCUUUGAAAGUACGUGGCAUCCAUUUGAUAAAUGAGCCUAUUUUUUUCCGUCCCGUCUUUGCUAUGAUCCGUCCAUUUCUUCCAGACAAAAUCAAACAACGGAUUCAUAUGCAUGGGAGUUCAUAUGCCCGAAGUCUCAGCGAUUUCUUUCCCAAGGCUAUCCUCCCUCCCGAGUAUGGAGGAACUGGACCCAGCAUAAAUGAAGUGUGCUGUGAUUGGACUGAGUACAUCAUGCAGUCUGAAGACUAUCUCUAUAGGCUCUCUAUAGAUUUAGGUGGAGGAGUUGCUUCUUCUCAGUCAUCUGCCUAUGCGUGAUUACAAUGAAGGUAUCUCUUACCAUGUGCUCUUUGUGCUAGAUGAUGUAACAAAUUCUGCUGGGCAGAUUACAUCUUUGAAAAUUAGGAUAAUAUGGCUGACUUAAAGUAAUAGUUCACCACAAAAUUAAAAUGUAUUAUUCACCCUCAGGCCAUUCAAGUUUCUUCACUGGAACAGAUUUGGAGAAAUUUAGCAUUACAUCACUAGGUCAAUACAGUCAAUAGGUGCCAUCAGAAUGAGAGUUCAAAGAGCUAAUAAAAACAUCACAGUAAUCCACAAGUAAUCCAUGUGACUCCAAGUCCAUCAAGUAACAUUUUUGGAAGCAAAAAGCUGCAUGUUUGUAACAAAUUAAUCAAUACUUUUUUUUAAAUCUUCAAACUGUUGCUUUCAGCUAAAAUAAGAAUAUCCAUAAUAUUGCCUUCUCCAUUGGAAAAAUCAUCUAAUCUGAAUAAAGAGAGAAAUAUGCACAGAUCAAGCUCUUUUUAGAAGUGAAAAAAGUCUAAAACAGUUCAAAACAAAUUCUUGAUGGAUGGCCUGAGAGUGAGUACAUUUUAGUUUUUGGGUGAAAUGUUCCUUUAGAUUGUAAAGCAUAUUAGUGUAAACGUGUAUGCUUUAUAUACUUUUACUUUUUUGUCAUAUUGCACAUGAACUAACUUUAUAAAAAUUUAUCUAAAUUUAUGUUUAAAUUGUCUACCUAGCUCUCCUAAUAUUCCAGACUGGAAAAAAAAUGAAAUUCCUAUUUUUGAAUAAUGUGAUUUUAUUGAAUUCAUAGCUCACAGACAUUCAUUGCAAGUACAUGAUAUACCUCUGAAGAUACAAUAUAGCAUCAGGUAUCAGAUGUUCUGUUACCUUUAGAAGAAGGAUUCCACAGUCACUUGUCAAUAACACAAGUAGUGUACAAUGUUGUGUAUGACUGAAAAAUCAAAGUGCCUUUCUUCUUUUCCUUGUGAAUUGUCAAUGCUUUUAUUGUUGUAUUUUCAUAACAAUGGACAUAACUCAGGAUGUUACAUAAGUCUCUGUGCUUCUGGAAGUUUGACAUCAAUCAUCAUGAACUGCUUCAUGCUCUUACGUCAAAUGAUCUGUAAUAUAACUGUAAACUGCAGCAUUUAUUAACCUUUGCUGCAUUUUAAAUAAAUAAACAGCUGAAGAUGCAUUUAGUCUACACUAAGUGAGAUUAUAAAAUAGCACUUUGCUCUUGACUCGAACAAAUAUAAACAGAGACUAGCGACCUUAUACUGGAACUCUUCGUGUUUACAGAUCUCCUUAAAUGUGAAUUUCUGAAACCAUGUAUAUAAUCUAGUUCAGUAUAUUGCAUUAUUUCUGUCAGACAGUGUGUCUAAAGACAGUAGAAAAUUACUGUUUACAUUAUUUAAUUGUGCUCUCCUCACUUGUUAUCGAACUAUAACUAUUACUUCUGUUUUUGUUUUUUUCAAUUUAGUGUAAACUGUCGCAAUGAUAAAAAAGAUAUACACAGACAUAUUAAUACACAAUGUGCAACUCAAAUAAACUUGGCAGCAAAACAAU